CUAGUUCCUCCUGUCGGCGGUUCCUCUUUCCAGACGCAGGUCAGCCCAGAUAAAACCAGACCUCCUCACUGGUCAGGGCACGGGUGCACAUUCAACAUGACUAUCCGAGCGCAGGCCCCUCAGUCACUGCUGCUGCUACUGUUCACCCUGCGAACCACAGGCUCAGACCCUGUGCUCUGCUUCAGCGAAUAUGAAGAAACCUCUGGCAGGUGCAAGGGUCUCCUAGGGGGAGGCGUCAGUGUGGAGGACUGCUGUCUCAAUGCUGCCUAUGCCUUCCAGGAGCGUGACAGUGGGCUCUGUCAGGCAUGCAGGUUGCCACGAUGGUCACCAUGGUCCUCAUGGGCCCCCUGCUCAGUGACAUGCUCUGAAGGCUCCCAGCUGCGACACCGGCGCUGCAUGGGCAGGGGUGGGCACUGCCCUGAAAAGGUGGAUCCUGGGACCCUUGAGUGGCAGCUACAGGCUUGUGAAGACCAGCCCUGCUGUCCUGAGAUGGGUGGCUGGUCUGAAUGGACACCCUGGGGGCCUUGCUCUGUCACCUGCUCCAAAGGAAUCCGGACUCGCCAGCGAGUAUGUGAUCGCCCUGCCCCCAAGUGUGGGGGCCGCUGCCCAGGAGAGGCACAGCAGUCAGAGGCCUGUGACACCCAGAAGGUCUGCCCUAUACAUGGGGCCUGGGCUGCCUGGGGCCCUUGGAGCCCCUGCUCAGGCUCCUGCCAUGGUGGACCCCACAUGCCUACGGAGACACGAAGCCGCACAUGCUCUGCACCUGAGCCCUCCAAGCAGCCUCCUGGGAAGCCCUGCCAAGGACCAGCCUAUGAGCAGCGGGGCUGCACUGGCCUGCCACCCUGUCCAGUGGCCGGGGGCUGGGGGCCAUGGGGCCCUGUGAGCCCUUGCUCUGUGACCUGUGGCCUAGGCCAGACCCUGGAACAAAGGACAUGUGAUAAACCUGCACCCCAGUAUGGGGGUCCCAUCUGUGCUGGUGAUGCCACUCGGACCCACAUCUGCAACACAGCCAUCCCCUGCCCUGUGGAUGGAGAGUGGGCAGCCUGGGGGAAGUGGAGCACCUGCGCCCGCCUCAACCUGAAGUCUAUCAGCUGUGAGGAAAUCCCCGGCCAGCAGACACGCACGAGGAUUUGCGUGGGCCGCAAGUUUAAUGGACAGCGAUGUGCUGGGCAAUAUCAGGAUAUCCGACAUUGCUACAACAUCCAGAAUUGCAUCUUGAAAGGCCAGUGGUCAGAGUGGAGUACCUGGGGGUUGUGUACACCCCCAUGUGGACCCAACCCCACCCGCAUCCGCCAGCGCAACUGCUCAGCCUUGCUCCCCAACUUCUCGCCCACCGUUUCCACGGUCGAAGGUCAAGGUGAGAAGAACAUGACCUUCUGGGGGAAUCCACGGCCAAUGUGCGAGGAGCUUCAGGGACAGAAGCUGGUGGUGAAAGAACAACGGCCAUGUCUACAUGUGCCUGCCUGCAUAGACCCUCAGGAACAGAAACCCUAGCAGCUCUCUCCUCUAUUCUGCUUCUCUGACCUCUCAGACUUAAAUAAAUCAGUCUCUUUGG